UCAGUCUCUGCUGGAUCUAGACGUGAGGGACAGCCAGGGGCGCACCCCUCUGGACCUGGCUGCCUUAAAAAGCCUUGUGGAGUGUGUUGACGUCCUCAUCAACCAGGAAGCCUCCAUCCUGGUUAAAGACUUCACUCUGAAGAGGACCCCCAUCCACGCUGCAGCAACCAACGGACAUUCGGAGUGUUUGCGUUUGCUGAUUGGAAAUGCUGACAUCCAGAGUACAGUGGACAUUCAAGACGGAAUAGUCACUUGGGUUUUGGAUACAAUUCCUGAAAUAAAGAGAUUUUGAAACUGGGGCUGCAUCCAAAAUGGCAACCUGUACCCUACUUGGUACAGUACUUUAAACCAAAGUCCUAUGGGCUCAGGUCAAGAGUAGUGUACCAUAUAGGGAAUAGGUUGCCAUUUGGGACUCAGCCUGGUUACUACCAGUUUGUAAUAUGACCUGUUGUCUUGUGUAUCAGAACCCCUCUGAUGCUGUCGGUGCUGAGCGGACACAGACUGUGUGUACUCCCUGUUCAACAAGGGAGCAAGCGUAGAAGCCAAAGACAAAUGGCACAGAACAGCUCUACACAGAAGGGUUGUGAGGAGAGUUGGCUGCGGUGACUUUUCACGAGGAGUGCAGCACAGUGCCAGCUUCCUGGUUCGGGAAGGUAAGGGGCGGAGCCAUGUCCACCUGGUGGCGGCGUCCGGACACAUCGGGAUACUGGGGUGGCUCCUACACACCGCCCAGUCAGUGUGGACCCUCCCCGUCAUCACAGACAACCAGGGCUACACGCCACUACACUUGGCCUGCUACAACGGAGGUUCGUCAUAUGAAGGACAUUCAAGUGGAUGUGACCCCUAACCUGCAAUAGGGGCUCAGUGAGGUGACAGACAUCCUGUAAUGGAUCUCCAGCUAGUGUCUGAGGACCUGGAGAAGGCUGUGUCUACAGCUGUGGGGCAGGACAAGCAUGGUAUAGCAGGUAACCAACCCCACCCGGGUCUUACCCCCUAGGACUUACCCUUUGCAGGUACCUGCCUGCUCGGGCUUACCUUCUGGGACUCAACCUAUUCCGGGACUCGACCGGUCGUAAUACAAUGGGACUACUGAAUAAGCUCAGGCUUUCUAGGGACAGACAUCCUGAACGAAUCUGAUGUCAGAGCUCCCAUCAGCCCUCUACACCUCGCUGCGGUGACUUUUCACGAGGAGUGCAGCACAGUGCCAGCUUCCUGGUUCGGGAAGGUAAGGGGCGGAGCCAUGUCCACCUGGUGGCGGCGUCCGGACACAUCGGGAUACUGGGGUGGCUCCUACACACCGCCCAGUCAGUGUGGACCCUCCCCGUCAUCACAGACAACCAGGGCUACACGCCACUACACUUGGCCUGCUACAACGGAGGUUCGUCAUAUGAAGGACAUUCAAGUGGAUGUGACCCCUAACCUGCAAUAGGGGCUCAGUGAGGUGACAGACAUCCUGUAAUGGAUCUCCAGCUAGUGUCUGAGGACCUGGAGAAGGCUGUGUCUACAGCUGUGGGGCAGGACAAGCAUGGGACAGACAUCCUGAACGAAUCUGAUGUCAGAGCUCCCAUCAGCCCUCUACACCUCGCUGCGGUGACUUUUCACGAGGAGUGCAGCACAGUGCCAGCUUCCUGGUUCGGGAAGGUAAGGGGCGGAGCCAUGUCCACCUGGUGGCGGCGUCCGGACACAUCGGGAUACUGGGGUGGCUCCUACACACCGCCCAGUCAGUGUGGACCCUCCCCGUCAUCACAGACAACCAGGGCUACACGCCACUACACUUGGCCUGCUACAACGGAGUCAGAGGUCAGUGGGAAUGACCUCACCCUCAUAGACCUGGGUGACCCCAUCAUUGACGGUGAUGUUAUGAAGGAAGACAGAGAGGUUGAGAGACAGACCAAGUUGGAAGAGGCUGUUCUAGAGACAGAUAUCCCAACUCUGUCACUAGAGGCUGAAGGAGAGAUUGAGAUGCAGGAGGCUGAUCUGAAGACAGAUGGCACAUCUCAGUCACAGGAGGUUGAAGGAGAGAGUGAGUUGGACGAGGCCAUUGUCAUCCCAUCUCAGUCACAGGAGGAGGCCAAAGGAGAGAGUGAGUUGAAUCAGGUUGAUCUGAAGACAUCCACAUCAACUCUGACACUGGAGGUCGAAGGAGAGAGUGAGUUGAAUCAGGUUGAUCUGAAGACAUCCACAUCAACUCUGACACUGGAGGUCGAAGGAGAGAGUGAUUUGAAUCAGGUUGAUCUGAAGACAUCCACAUCAACUCUGACACUGGAGGUCGAAGGAGAGAGUGUGAUGCAGGAGAGUGAUGAUGUAGAAACAGCCGGGCCAUCUCAAUCCCAGGAGACUGAACGAGUGGCAAAGGCUGCAGUGGUGACCUUCACUACCAUGACCCGCAAGGCUGCAGCCUCCCAGACCAGCCUCAGCAGGGGAAAGAGAAGCUACCCAGACCUACACACCUUUGUGCAGGACAUGAAGGAUGGCCAUUGGAAUCUGCUGAGUGAGAAUAUGCGUUCCGGGAUGAGCAGAGAUGAGUUUAGUGCUAGGUGCAUGGAUAUUACAAAUUGGGUAAUGGAGUCUACAUCCACUGUGGUCGUUCCCGCCCUUGACCUCACCAUGCAGAUCAGGCUCUCUGAUUCGUCAAGCUCUUCUGGAUCAGGAAGCAAUGUGGCUAGAGAAGUGACCUCUCUUGGCCGCAGCGUCAGAUUCAGCUUUCGUGGUGGACCCAGUAGACGCACCAGUUCAAGAACUACUUGCAGCACACAAACUCCCACGCCUUUCCCCUACUCUCACAGUUCCAUGACCUCUUUGCUGAGUGUUGACGAAGAGCGAUAUGUCUCCUCACCUGAGGGUGGUGAUAGAGAGAUGAGACACAGACCCCACUCGGCACCACUGAGUUCUGUGUUUGGAAUCUCUGAGGAUUCUGUCUUCAACAUGGUCCAGAGAGGCCAGUCACAGAGUGAGAUCGUACUGUCGUCCAGUUGGAGUAGACGGGAGAAAUACAGACCUGUCAAAAUACCAACGGACACCAGGUUUAUGAUGGGUAUUGUAGAGUUGGUAAUGAACCUUCUCAAUUCCAGAUUGGCUGAGCUAAUGCGAAGUUUCAGUCAGGGAACUCUAGGUCCGCUGUCUGGUAGUAUCUCAGCAAGUCAGCAGUUUGCCCAAGAAAUGCUAAGCAUGGUGUCUGCUAAGAUGUAUUCCCAUGCCAUAGAGCAUAUUGCGCACGGCCACAAGUCUCCCCUUGAGUUAGAGAGGGAGCUUGAGGCCAUAUUGGGUCCUCUGGCUGGACAGGUUAUAGUCAUCAUCAUAGAUAGCAUCUUUAAGGCUAAAGCCAACGGAAGAAACGAGGGACGAGCGACCAGCCCCUUGACCUAUUUUCUCACUGCCAUUUCAGCAGAAAUACAAAGCCUAGUUGUUCAGAGAUCGGCUAGCAGACCGUCCACCAGACUGUCCAACAACGACCCACUGCUGAACGUUUCCAAGUCAAAGGUCUUAAGAUCAGUUCUGCUCAAAAUGGCAGAACUCUUUGGCCAAGGUCCAAGUGAAACCUGUCUAGUUCCACUAGUCCAGAGUCAGUCCAACAACUCUGUUUGCGACUGGACUCUGAAUGCAGGCACCGUUCAUCCAAGUCAAUUUCUGUCCCACAACAGAAUGACAGAAGUGUCCUCUGCCAGGGGGGAAGAGACUAAGAAGAACAGGAAGUGGCAUUUCCUACACAAAAUUGUCAAGAUUCCAAAGAUCAGGAUUAAGCUAUUCAAGACAAAAGGGGAACCGAAGAGCCACCCUGAACAGGAUUCUCUGCCUACCAAACGUCUCAGAGAGACUCGUAUUUCACAGGAUGCUGAGUGUGAGGUUCUAUCCACUUCCCCACCCAAGGAGGCCCUGACAACCACACUGGCCCCUGCUCCCCAGGAGUCCCAGUCCCGUAAACGCCCUCUCAUAGUCAGGGUGUUACGAGCUAUCUCCAGAGCCGUCUCCAAACCAUUCAGAAAAGCUUUUGGGAAGAAGAAUUAGCCAAAUGCCGGAUUUUAUUACUAUUUUAAUCAGAGCCUUUAUUUAAUAAAACAUUACUGCAUUGA